GCCCGCCGGAGGCAUGAUGGCUUUCGAGGCUUUGGCAACUGUUCCCGGGCCUUCUAAGCCGGAGUUGUCUGGCAUGGACAUGCUGCACAAUGUGUCUGCCAUGCAGCCAGAUGAUUUAUUCUGCGAGGGACCGUGCGAUGAGGAGCUUGAUUUUGGUGCAGACGAUGACGAUGAGUUAUUCCCAGCUUUUGAUUGCAAACCUGCGCAUCUUUCAAAAUGCUCCACCAUGUGCCCUUCGAGCCCAGCUUGUGACCUGGAAGACAUCGGAACGCGGACGUUCGACUCCUUCCUGUCACAUGGCACAGUCUCCGCUGAGACUGACCAUGAGCACGCGUUUCCGCCAAACAGACUUCUACACGAGCAGCACAAAGUCCGCAUGAGAUCCUUUCUGACGGCAGCUGGGCUGUUAAGUGCAUCGGGUGUAGAGCAUCGGCCAGAUUGCAGUAACGCGGUCAUCCAGCAGGUUGGAGACAAAGGUGCAGCAAUUGUAGACCCUAUACCGCAGCAUCGCCUCGAGGUAGUGCUGCGUGACUUGAAUGUGAGGGAAUGCCACGAGCAGGCCGCUGCCCUUUCGGGCUCAGCGCUUUCACCUGUACUCUCGAGUUGGCUCUUGGCCGCUGGAGAGUGCUCCCUCGGUCCCGCGGCUUCGGAGAGGUCCUCGGAGCAGGAGACCACGAUCAUAGCCACACUCCCAAAAUACAACAGCCGACCCUUCACGAGUGACGGCACUGGAGUCACUGGAGGCUACGUUCGAAUCGAAUGCCGGCCGUACCAAGAGGGAGGAAUGACGGACAUUUCUGAGAAGUCAGGUGUCUGCGUUAUGCUCAGUAAAGAAUUCAGGGAGAUGUCGAAAUUCGAGGAUGGCUUGGACAUUGCCACUGUUUCAGGGUACGUGCCCGGCACCGGUCGACGGCACUGGUGCCUGCCUGUGUGGGCCUUUGCGGCCGCUGUCGAGCGGGAUCCAUCCAACAUGGAAGAUCUGAGCCUUGACUGCCGCCGGACCAACAGCUAUGUCCGCGACAUCCUCAGGCAGAAUUUCCUUCUUCAGGGCCCUUCCAAGACCUACCAAACUGGGCCAGCGGCGAAGAUGCUGGAAGAUCGCUGCACUCCAGAAGGGAUCCGACUGCAUGAGCAGAAGAGGCGCGAGCGAGAAAAGUGGAUAGAGCACGAAAAGCGAUGCUUGGAUAAGAAGUACAAUAUCGGAAAGCAGGAUAUCGUUGGUUGGUGGGACGAGGAUGAGCACACAUGCUAUGAAGGUUUCUACGACCACAACGGCAUUUGGAAUCCGUACUACAUGGCCGGAGGCCAGGGGCUGGGGCUCGAAGGCAAGACGGUGCACGAGGUCGUGGCUGAGGGAAAGGAGAAGCUGAAGGUCAACCCUUCUCAGCGUGCCGCCAUCGAGGGCUUGAAAUAUGCCUUGGAGAAGAUCCAGGGUCCUCCCGGCACUGGCAAGUCGACAACCAUCUUCCACAUCCUGGAUGCGAGGCUGCCUGCCGGUCAGCGAGUCUUGGUGACCUGCUCUCGCAACGUCGCCGUGGAAUCCAUCGCGCAGAAGCUGGAGGGACUUCAGGGUUGGCCGCUGUGCGUCUUCGGCCCACGUGACCGGGUCGGUGGCACUGCCCGUCGAUAUCUGCUGGACUCACAGGUCCAGAUCAUGGUGACCAGCAAGCAGACCUCGCUGGACCGACGGAUGAUCCUCAGAGAGGCCAUCGGAAGCUGUCUGCACCAUUUGCCCAAAGAGCAUGAUGUGGAGCUGCUGUUUUUCUUGGGUGACUUAGAAGCAGCUUCGACCGAUGUGCAGCAAAGCCUUGCGGAGGAGGAGGAGAAGUUCCGAGACCUGAUUUUUGUCGGCGGACCUGAUGCAGACCCUCCGGUGGAGAGAGAUGUCACCUACGUCCUGGAGCGGCCCACUGCAAGGGGCUUUCGGCUUGCUGUUGGGACAGCUUGGCUGGCGACGCACAGGACAGACUUGGAUUUCGUCAUGUAUUUGGAUGACGACAGCUACCUGAACGUCCCGAGAUUGCUCUCCUUACUGGAGGUACACAAUUCUCCUUCUCUUGCCAUGGGCUACAUCAUGGAGACUGAACUGGAUAUGCUGGAUACCCACAUUUGCAAAGUUUGCCCGCUGAAUUGCGAGGCGUGUCAGAUAGAUGGUUUCCUUCAGGCCUUCUGUGGCAAGUUCCCGGAAAUGUCUCUGGGCGGCUGCGCGUUUCUCAUCCACCAGUGCAAGCUUUUCGGGCAAGACACUGCCGAAGCGUCCCUGGAGGAGUGUGUGAGAAAAGCGCAGGUGAACACCAUGCAGGUGGUGCAUUACUUCGGUGCCAGAGGUGCACCACGUUGGUUUCUGGGCAUGGGCUGGGUCUUCGGGCGACGAAUCGUGGAUUUUUUGGCGAGGAAUGUCGGUGACUUGAAGAAGCAAGGUGCGGCAGAUGUGCAGCUUGGAUUCUGGCUUGCUCCUCUCGAAGGUGUUGACUGGGUUGAUAUGAAAGACGGACAGUUCCACGACUAUCCCAUGCCAGGCAGCACCUUCUCCAGGGGAUGCACCGACCAGACAGUGCUCGUGCAUCGCAUGAACAAGGAGCGCUGGCGAGACUUCGACCCACAAACCUGUGCUUUGAGACAGGUGCCCACUCGAAAGGCAGAGGCUGCAGGGCCUGGCAGCCUGGUCCAUCUUCCGACAUCACGGGGCGGUGCAGAGAUGCUGGACGACUUUAUCGCUUCGAUCCGCCACCCAAGUCUCACGAACGCGACACACCUGGCAGAAGAAGGACAAACAUUCCUUGAGGAUCAGAAAAGUGAGUCCGACGUGGCAGCGUGCAGAGAGCAGAAGGGACACGGGGAGUGUCAGGUUGGUGGACAUCUGGACGAGCCCCGACGUCGUCGUGGAGCCCAAGCCGCCAAAGAGCGCGGCGCUGCGCUCUCGGCCGCCAUAGCCACAAAGGAGGCGGCUUGCCGUGGCCGUCGAGGCGAGCGCAUCCUGCUCGCGUUCCUCCGCAAGCGAUUCGGCUUGGCUUACGCAUUGCGGGACUUAUGCUUACGCGUGGAGAGGUACUGUGCUGCGGCAGCUGCCUCUCCUGAAUGGUGCAGCCAACGUGCACAGGACAGCAAGCAGGCCACUCUCCACGAAGCUCGAAUCUUGCUUUGCACCAUCGCCUCCACCAGCCGCAUGUUGCGCGAGUGGGAGGAGGCAAUGGGCACAGAGCUACGGGUGCACACUGUCAUCGUCGAUGAGUGCGGGGCUGGCAUGGCUCAAGGAGGAGUUUUGAGGCCAACCUGUGAGCAGAGCACAACCAAGACACUGGGCCGCUCGCCGAGCCUUUCAGGCAUGGUGCUCCUCCAAAAGGCUGGUGGUGUCGCUGAGAAAGCGGACCAGCUAGAAGACAAGCUCUGUGGCAUCGACGUGGUCUCUUUGAACAGCAUAGCCCCAUCUAGUCAACCGGUCGACUUUGGCGAGCUUAUACAGGAUCCGCUCCCUGCGCUCCCGUGCUUCACAGUCCAGGAGGAAGGGCUUGACCCGACUCCGACUGGUCCCGGGAUGUGGGAAGACCAGGAAGCCGAAGAUGUCAGAAUGCAUUCCAUAAUCGAGGCUGAGAAGUCAAAGGCAACCUGGAAAUCCUUCUGCUCGAGGGGCUUUGAAGAGAGCUCGGAAUGGCGCGCGUCUCCACCAAACAGAGCCUUGCAUGAUCUCCAUGACUUGAACUUGCACGAGUUCCUCGAGGAUGUCGCUUACCAUCCAUCGAAGCUCCAAAAAGAGAUCAGGGCGGGCAGAAGGCAGGCCGCAGCGCGUGAUGCGACUUGA